AUGUCUAAUAAUACCAAUUCCGACAUCUGGUUUGCUGGUGCAUUUGCUGCGUUCACUGUCGAUCUGCUUGUCUAUCCUCUUGACACUCUCAAGACACGUCUUCAAUCGCAACACUAUGAACAGUUAUACAAAGAUGCCAGUGGCAAGACGAAGCCUUCUCUAUUCCGUGGUCUCUACCAAGGCGUCGGUUCCGUCAUCCUCAUCACCAUUCCUUCGUCUGGUGCAUUCUUCACAACCUACGAAGCUUUGAAGUUCGGUAUCUCGGAAGCAGUGCCUCCGAACUCCACGAUAUUCCUUCCUCAGCCUGCUAUCCAUGCUGCAGCGAGUGGUGGUGCCGAGCUUGUCAGCUGCGCCAUCCUCACCCCAGCGGAGGUUCUCAAGCAAAACGCUCAGAUGCUUAGUGCUCGAGGGAAGAGAACAUCGACCUCCUGGGAAGUCUUCAAGCAUUUCAGACACAAUCCUUCAAGACUAUGGAGGGGGUAUACCGCGCUGGCCGCCAGAAAUCUGCCAUUCACCGCACUACAAUUUCCAACCUUUGAGUAUCUGAAAGGAUAUUUCAUGCAACGGCGGAAGGAUCGAAAUGGCGGGAGACCUGUCGAGGGAAUAGGUGAGCGCGCGCGAAUCACUGCGAUGAGUGCCGCUAUUGCCGGAAGCGGAGCCGCGUGGAUCACAACUCCGAUCGACGUCGUCAAGACCAGAAUCAUGCUCGCUGCAGGAUCCGGAGAUGAUAUACCCAGGAUGGAAUCCAAAGGCAAGACGUCCAAAUUCCUCAUGGCAGGCGUUCAAGGGUCACGCAAAAGCGCAUUCAUCGUGGCUAGAGAAAUUCUCAAGGCCGAGGGCACCCGCGGGCUGUUCCGGGGUGCGCUCCUCCGAGCUACUUGGACAUCUCUUGGUAGCGGUCUAUACUUGGGUUGCUAUGAAGGUGGCCGUUUCUAUCUGGAGAAGAACAGAAGGGACGCUAAAGAAGGCGAUCACCUCAUGCAGCGUGACUGGUCGAAGGUCAAGGUGGGCAUCGGAAACUCUAGAUCUCAAGAGGUGGUGAAAAAGAGUGCGUGGCAAGAAGACUGA